GGGAAAUCGAAGGAGCUCAUCCAUCCUAAAUUCCUGUCAUUCGUUGCUAACAGAUCAGCUGUGGAUCUUCGCAUCUCCUCACUCCUCUCUUCUUCAAGGUACUUCUAUCUCUCGCUUAGUCUCUUUUGAGCAAUGCUCAACACUGGCAUGACUUCAGCAAUCUCACUAAGAGCCAGAGGAUCCCUUUCAUUCACCACCACUGACCACUCACACUGCUCAAAUGGACGAAUCCCUUCUGCCUAUUCAUCCUCCACGCCUUGUUGCUCUUGCUGCUGUACUUCAUCAUAUACAGUCCCAAUUUGCCCCAAUUAUGGCUAUAACUUAUACGGACUGAAGCAAUCCUCUUUAAUCCAAUGGUCUCGUUACAGGCGACCCAUUUCGAAUGGAUUUGAUUAUUUUGCUAGGUUGCCAGUUUGUGAUAUUGAUAGAAUAGGUUAUCGUGAUAAAGUUUGCAGCUUUACGGAGAGAAGAAAUGUAGGUAGGAAAAGAGGGGGAUUAAGAAAAUGUUUCGUGUUUGAGGAGAGGAGUGAGGGGUAUGAUCUUGGGGGUGUCGACAAGGCCGAGGCUAUACUUAGCCUGUUGUCUGAGGAUUUUGGGGAGGAGUGUUUUCUUGAGACGAAGGAGACUCGGAGAUUGGUGAGGAAACCAGUGGUGGAGAAAAGAGAGAAUGCUAGCGUGUGCAGGGAGUGUGGGAGUAAGAAGGAUAGAGUCGAGCAGGGUGUUUCUGGGAGUGGGAGUGGGGCAAUGGUUAGUUCGAGGAAGGAUGAUAGUAGGAGGAGGAAGGAAAGGUUUCAAUGUGAAGAAAAUGAAGAAGAAUUGUUUAGGGAAGAACAUGAGGGCUCUUUGUUGAAGAAUCGAAGGGAAGAAAGAGAGAAAGCAGAGAGAGAGACCUUGUUGAGAAAAGCGAACCAAAAAUCUGUAGAUAAACAAGAUAGGGAAUCGAUGAGAAGGAAGAAUUUGAAACUUAGGUCAAGGACAGAAGAGAAGGAAGAGUUCUUGAGGAGAGAGAAUAGGCAGGUGGUGGCAAAAGAUAGUUCAAGGAGAGACGAUAAAGAAGAGUUAUUGAGGAGAGAGAAGCAUAUGCAGGAGGUGAGGAAAGGUAUUUCAAGGAGAGACGAGAAGGAAGAGUUAUUGAGGAGGGAGGAGCAUAUGCAGAUGGUGAGGAAAGGUAGUUCAAGGAGAGAUGAGAAGGAAGAGUUGUUGAGGAGAGAGGAACAUAGGCAGAAGUUGAGGAAAGAGGGAUCGAGUUGUUCCUCAUAUUAUUCGCUCUCUUCAAAUGGUGAAUAUGACAGCAGUGAUGAAGUUGAGCUUAACUCGUCAACUGGUCAUAAGAGUUAUGCAAGGAAUAAUGAACUAGUUACCCAGGAAACCAGGGAAGAGGAUCAGUGGCGUGAGGGUUACAGGGAAGACCGCAGGUCUAGUUUGGAAAAUAAGAGCUCGUCACAGGAAUUCAAUACUGGAUCAGGUGUUGUUGAGUGCGACUUCAGAAAGAAAUCAGAGAAAAGACUUGCGGAUAUAUCUGUGGAAGAGAUUGAGUCAAGGACAGAAACCUCAAUUAAGGAAUCAAAAUCUACCAUUUCUCAUGAACAUACCCAUGAAAAAUUUUCCAACUAUGUCAGCCGUGAUGAUAGGAAGGAAAAAUCAACUGAAAGCAUGGAAUUUGAUGAAGAGAGGAAACAAAAGCUUAGGCAAAGAGGUGGUGAAGUUUUGAGGCAAUCUGAAAACAUGCUGAAGUAUAAGCAAUUUGUUGGAAGUCAGGAUAUCCGCAGUGGAAAUGUUGUAGACAGUACUAGCUCUCAAAAAGUAUACACUAGAAAGGGUGAGAUCUCUGCUAAAGUUGCUGCUUCAAAUCAGGGGCGUAGUUCCAGGGAGGAUGAGCAUGGUAGGAAUUCUAGUAAGAUUUCUGAAGCAUCAGAAGUCCAAGAGAUUGACAUUAGAAAAACCUCCAUUUCUCAGCAAAAUUUUGAAACUAAUGUCAGGAGGGAAGACAUAUCUACCACUAGUGUUGAUAGUACAGAGCAUCAGCAACAAUAUGGUCGAGUAAGUGGGCAAGUGGAGUUAAGGGGAAAGUUCCAACAGUUAAUCAAAAAUGAUGGUGAGUCGAUGUCAAGAAGGGAAACAAAUAAAUUUGAGAAGAUAGAAGAGAAUGUGGGCAGUUCUAGAAAUGAUUUCGAUGAAUCGAACAAAGUAAGAGUCACUAGCUCGGCAAAUACUGGUGCCAUUUCGGUGGAGCGUAGAAAUAAGAAUAAAUCAGAGACACCGGUAAGACCUGCACAAUAUUCAUCAGAGGUAGGUAUAUUAUCUCUGGGAUCAACGGCUGGGAUUGCUACUGAUGAUACUAAUAGUGGAAGUUUACAACUUGAAUCAACUACUUUACAUGGAACUAACAUACAUGGUUCUGUAGUGGUUCAUCCUGAAGCAUAUGGCAGAGACAAAACCAACAGUUCUCAUGGCCAGGCUUCAAAAUUAAUCUCCGAUGAAGGUGCAAUUGCAUCUGCUGCCCGAUUAGAGAAAUCCUCAACACACUACGUUGGAGAGUUUGUUGAACAGGUAAGGAGCGAAAUUUUGAGUUCUGAAAUUCAAAGGGGGAAGGAAACAUAUAUAACUGAAUUUUUGCAUGGAGAAAGUUCUGGAGAUCCUCAGUUAGUUGAGCAAGGCUUAGUGCUUGAUAAUCAGCCAUCUGGAACAAAGGGGCCUUCGGAUGAAAUGUGGAAUGUUGAUGAACAAUCAAAUCCGAGGCCCUCAAAGGCAGAAGUUCCAGAUAAUGCAAUCAAAGAGAGUGGUGUUAUAGUCAAGAGAACUGGGAGGUCCUUAUGGAAUAGCAUUGGAGAUAUUGUUCGAUUUCGGUGGUUGGCACAUUCUGAAAGUCAUGACUCAGGCAGGAAAACUAGUGGAAGAAUUUCACCAAAUCAGUCUAUGAGCAGCGAGAGGUGGUUUUCUGGACAUGAUGCUGAGGAAAAUGAAGAGGCGGUUGAAGAAAAGGAGGGUGGAAGUUCCACACCUGGUUUAUCUGGUAGGCAUCAACAUGAAAAAACAGGCUCUCAAAUUGACUCAUCUGGCUUGCAUCAGCAAGGAAAACUGGGCUCCCAAACUGAGAAAAGUUUCAGCUCAUCAACUUUAGAGGGCUAUCUUGGGAAAGCAGGAACGAAGGACACAUCUUCCUCAGUUACUCAACAAAUGAGUACACUACAAGCCAGCAUUUCUUUGCCUACUGGUGGGGAAAUUUCUGGAGAAACAUCCUCUGCUGCUAUAAUUGAUCCCUCAAUUCCUUUGCCUGCACUAAGGCUGCGGAGAUCUCCUGUGGUGCGAGGGGUUCCAGAUGGAGGAGAAGCACAUGCAUCUGGUAGUGGCACCAGUGAGCAAAUAGAUACCGGGCUAGUGGAGCAAACAGAGGCAGUAGUUGAUAAGAGUGAGGUGAAACAAAAGAAACUUCAGAGGAAAGACCAAGUUGUUAGGGAUAGAUUUGAUGACUGGGAAGAAGCAUAUAGGCUUGAAGCAGAACAGCGGAAAAUGGAUGAAGUGUUUAUGAGGGAAGCAUUGUUGGAAGCAGAAAAGGCUGCUGACAACUGGGAGGUGCCCGUAGGAGCUGUUCUAGUGCAUAGUGGAAAGAUAAUCGCUCGUGGCUGCAAUCUGGUGGAACAGUUGCGUGACUCUACAGCCCAUGCAGAGAUUAUAUGCAUUAGGGAGGCUUCCAACACUCUCCGGACCUGGAGGCUUUCUGAAACUACACUGUAUGUAACACUUGAACCAUGUCCCAUGUGUGCUGGAGCUAUACUUCAAGCUAGAAUAGACACUCUUGUUUGGGGAGCUCCUAACAAGCUUCUUGGAGCUGAUGGCAGCUGGAUUAGGCUCUUCCCGGGUGAUGGAGGAAACAGCUCGGAAUCAAGUGAAAAACCACCAGCUCCAGCUCACCCGUUCCACCCUAAGAUGAGCAUUAGGAGGGGAGUGCUGGCAUCAGAAUGCGCAGACGCCAUGCAGCAGUUCUUCAAGCGAAGGAGAAAGCAGGAGAAAAAAGCCGAUGCUCCAAAACCACCAUCACGUCUUCCCAUUUUGAGCCGUCACUCGAAUUUCAUGGCCAAGAUGCACGACACCUUCAGCUUAAUGUUUUGUCUCUAAAAGAAACAGAAGCCCUUCUCCCCUUCUCCAAAAUGGCGCUCACAAUCGAAAAGCUCAAUAUUCAGAGAUGUGUGGAUUUCUCCUUCACAAGCUUCUGCAUAUGUUGCAAUUUAGCUGUAGUUUGGUAGCUACUGGUACUUGUUAUUGUUCUUGAAAAUAGUAAGUAUAUCAUCAUAUCCUCUCUCUCAUAUCCAACAUAAUGAGUUUGAGUUGUGAUAUCAUUUUCUUGUCAACUCCAACUCCAGCCAUGUAGCUCAUUAAGAUUCAUGUUUUAUCCAUGGGAAAACAUGCAAAUUAUGGAUGGUUGUUCUGUCAUCAUUAUUACAUCCAACUCAUAUAAUCUCACAGAUUGAGACUUAAUACCGAAA